CUGCUUAACUAAGCAGCAAACUAAUAUCAUACAUUGUUGUAGUAAUUGUAAUAACACAGCGCAGCAGUUAUUAGUUGUAUGUCAAUUUUGAUAAAUAGUAUUUUUAAAACGUAAGCAUACAACACAUAGGUCUUUUAAUAUAUUGAUAUUUUUAUUUUGUAGUAAUAUAAGACAAACCAAUUGCCUAAUUUCACUCCAAUUACCUCCCAUAAAAUAAUGCAAUAAUAAUACUGAUUAAUAGUUGUUUCCUAAGAGCGUCAGAAUGUGUAAUCACGGUAGAACAGAAACGGGGCCAAAAUGAAUAAAACAAAAGCCCUGGGAGACCAAAUAUAGGAACGUAUAUGCCUGCUGCAGUGUGGUCAACAAGGCGUGACGUACAAUAUUGUUUCUGGUGGACGCGACAUGGAAGACAGACCACAGUUACACACGAAUGUACAAAAGAGUGUUAGUUCGAUUUGUACUUGAGUGAUUUUGAGUAGAAUAAUCAUUGGAAAAAAAAAAUAAGAACGCGGACAAUUGCGAACAACACUACAAUAACUAACGAGGGGAGAAGACGUCAUGUAGCUAAAAUCAAAGAAUAAAGAACUAUAUAGACGUCGAACGUGGUAUUGAGAGCGUCACAAAGGUAAUGUGGCGUGGGGCGAUUUCAGCCAAUCGGAGAGUGGCGCCGGCACAGCGCUAUUUGCAUGCGAGCCCCUUAUAAGACCACCGGCGCUGCUUGCGUCCACUUACACCGAGCAGCGACCGUAAGGCGUCAUGCCCGAGCCAGCCAAGUCCGCGCCCAAGAAGGGCUCCAAAAAAGCGGUCACCAAGACCGCCAGCAAGCCCGGCAAGGGCAAGAGAAGGAGGGGAAGGAAGGAGAGCUACGCCAUCUACGUGUACAAGGUCCUUAAGCAGGUCCACCCGGACACAGGCAUCUCGUCCAAGGCCAUGAGCAUCAUGAACUCGUUCGUCAACGACAUCUUCGAGCGCAUCGCCUCUGAAGCUUCUCGCCUGGCUCACUACAACAAGCGCUCCACCAUCACGUCCAGGGAGAUCCAGACCGCCGUCCGCCUCCUGCUGCCCGGCGAGCUGGCCAAGCACGCCGUGUCCGAGGGUACCAAGGCCGUCACCAAGUACACCAGCUCCAAGUGAGCCCAUCCGGUCUCGUCCAACAACAACGGCUCUUUUAAGAGCCACCCACUUUCUUUCUAAAGUGGACAUUCUGCAUUAUUACUUGAUUCUGAUUCUCUAAUAGUGUUGGCGACUUUCCAUAUUGUCUUGGCGCGUUACUCGUUUUCAUCAAAAGCAACUAAUGACUAAUCUAAUUUUUUGUUCACCAAUGCAACUGUCCCAGUUCCAUCGUUCAAUGUUAAAUGAGCCAGUCGAUAAAUUCCGUUCGUACGUGAACGUCACAAUGGUCACAACCAACCCCAGUCUUUUUGAUCAAAUUGAACAAUGCAGAACAAAAUUUUGACAAAUUUUUAAGAAAAACUAUUUAAUUCAGUAAAUGUACUUCCCCCCCCCCUCCUACAGCGUCCAUUGAAAUCAGUUAUGUAAAAAAUAUGAUGUCAAACAACUACUUUGCUUACUGAGGAGUUGGCAACCUUUCUCACCAUGCCUUGGUUAUUUUUUUUCACUCUCAGGCCACUAAUCUGAAAAGUUGUUUCAUAAACAUGCUUAAAGGCAUUUUAAACGAAAUUAAAUGUUUUAAUGUAUUUAAAAAAUUGACUCCAAUAUAUGUUCCCUUUUACUGCAAAUGAAUAUCAGCCUCCUUGAUUACUAAUUAUCAGUCCUGGAAAAAACUUACCACUAUUCAAAUGACCGAAUCUCAUUGUCUUUCUCCUUUGUGUACAAUUACAGUAUGUGGUAGCAGAAUCGACUCGGAACGUGAUUAUAUUUUAUUAUUCGAAACCAAGAUGAUAAUGAAGACACAUGGGCUAACAUAGUUGUAACACUAUCUCGUCCACAAAUAUAAAAAAAAAAACAUUUGUAGCUUUGCGCAUGCAUUUCUGUUAAAAUUCAUAAUUGCUUCUAAUUUUCAUUCCUCCUAUUCCAUUCUACUCAUAGUUAUAUUAGUUUUAUUUUCGUGUUUGCGUUAUAUGAACUAGUAACAUUGUUUUACACACAAAGUGAUAUCACGAGUGUAACGAAACUUGA